AUGGGGGUCGGUUCGAUCUCCUCGGGAGAUCCUUCUACCAAGGCACCAGCAACCCUGCUAGUAGCCUGCGACUUCGAUCAUACACUCAUCGAUGUCAACUCCGAUCUCGUUUUAUUUCGGGAUCUCCCCUAUGGAAAAGCGCUCUUGCCACGGUUCGCUUCUCUGCGCCAGGAGCAGGGUAUGGCAUGGACACAGAUCAUGCAAAGUCAGCUCGCCGAGUUGGCCCAGAGCGAAGGGUACUCCAAGCAAGAUGUUCUCAAAUGCCUCCACAGCGUGAAAAUGGAUCCUGUUCUCAUCACUGCCUUUCGUGCACUGCACUCGAGCCAAGACCCGUCGAUCAAGGUCAUUAUUGCUUCUGAUGCCAAUACGAUUUUCAUCGACGAGAUUCUGAAAGCUAAUGGUGUCGAGGAGGGGACUUUCGAUAUGGUGUACACGAAUCCCGGCAGCUGGAUAGAAGGGGAUGCUAUUCAAGUCGAACCAUACCAGACAAUAUCCUCGCCCCAUGAUUGUCCCCGUACUUGUCCCGCGAACAUGUGUAAAAGUGGUAUCUUGCAAAGGGCCAGGAAAGAACUGAAUCUAGACCAGGUUGAGGACCUUCAAAUAGUGUAUGCUGGCGACGGUGGCAAUGACUAUUGUCCGAGCUUGAGCCUCUCAGAAUCCGAUCUCGUGCUUGUACGAGAAGGACUUGCGCUGCAUAAAUUGAUUGAGAACGCCAAAGCUAUCACCAAGGAGAACGCGGGCAGUGAAACGGACAAGCCCAUCGCGAAGCAGGUGGUCGCACAACAGAGAUUGUGGAAGACCCAACGAGAGCUGGGUGAAAUAUUUCUACAUUUACUGCCGCAACCUCAGCUUGCGGGUAAAACGAGCGUCAAUAAGGACGCAGUAGAUGUCAUAGCGCAAGGUAUCGAGAAAGGCUUGAAAUUAUAG